AUUCCUCAAUGGGCGGGGCUCCGGGCCAGGGAUGACAUUGGCCAAUACGGCCAUCCAUCGGCGAAAUGGAGUGUGCAGGGUGAAGGCGGGGUUGCGCGCCAGCCAGGCCAAGACCUGGCUCAUAGUGUAGGGAAGCAAGGUUGGAUGCUGAGCGGAAGAGUGACAUCCUCGUCCCUUGGCCCUGUUGCAGCCCAACCAUGGAGCCUGGCAGCAUGGAAAAUCUGUCCAUCGUGUACCAGAGCAGCGACUUCCUCGUGGUGAACAAGCACUGGGACCUGCGCAUUGAUAGCAAGACCUGGCGGGAGACCCUGACCCUACAGAAGCAGCUACGACACCACUUCCCAGAGCUGGCUGACCCUGACACCUGCUAUGGGUUCAGGUUCUGCCACCAGUUGGACUUCUCCACCAGUGGGGCACUGUGUGUGGCCCUGAAUAAAGCAGCUGCAGGCAGCGCUUAUAAGUGCUUCAAGGAACGGCGUGUUACCAAAGCCUACCUGGCCCUGGUCCGGGGCCAUGUCCAGGAAAGCCAGGUGACAAUCAACUAUGCCAUUGGCAGGAACAGUACAGAGGGGCGGACCCAUACCAUGUGCAUCGAGGGCACACACGGUUGCGAGAACCCCAAGCCAAGUCUCACAGAGCUGCUAGUCCUGGAAUAUGGGAUGUAUGCUGGUGACCCUGUGUCCAAAGUGUUGCUGAAGCCACUCACAGGCCGGACACACCAGCUUCGCGUACACUGCAGCGCCCUUGGCCACCCUAUCGUGGGGGACCUGACUUAUGGACAGGCUGAGGACCAGGAGGACCAACCUUUCCGCAUGAUGCUGCACGCCUUCUACCUGCGCAUCCCCACAGAGGCCGAGUGCGUGGAGGCCUGUACACCUGACCCCUUCCUGCCUGCCCUUGAUGCCUGCUGGAGUCCCCAUACCUGCGUUCAACCCCUUGAACAGCUCAUCCAGGCCCUAAGGACUGACCCUGACCCCAACCCUAUGGGUGGAGGGCCGAGGCCCUGCAGCCCCUCCACCCCUCUGCCCAGGCCAGGUCGGCCCCCUCCUGAGACUGAGGCACAGAGAGCAUCAUGCCUGCAGUGGCUGUCAGAGUGGACACUUGAGCCAGACAACUGAGGACCUCUCGGCUUUGGGGGUUGAGAGCUGCUGGACUCAGCAGCUAGGCAGCCAUGGUUGCUAGAGGACAGGGCAUGUGAGCCAUAGGAGAGAUGUCCCGUAGGCAGAUGGUCCUCUCAGCCUCCCUCCAGGGGAAGCUAAGGCUUUUUCUCCUGGAACAGCUUUCUGCCUCCUCGGCUUCACCCCAAGCUUGCCCAAGCCCUUAUCCAGGAGGGGCGACGAAG